CGGGCAACCAACAAAGAGGCCCGGAAGGAGGAGGCGCUGGACUAGGACGGACGGGGGUGACCAAGGAAGUCACAGGGAAACUCCAGCUCCGAGAAAGAGGAGGGAAUGGAGCAAGGAGCUGGAGGCCAACGCAGGGCCAGGGCAGAGGGAGGACGAGGCGGGGGUCUUUGCGGUUGAGAUGCCUACGUUCUUGGGCACGGGCAGGGGCAAGAAGUUCGACAGGCGACAACGACUGCAGACAACCCUGCCCGGAUGCGGGAGCUCGGUCGGGGUGCCCAGGGGCGGUAAUAAGGGGUCUACGCGGCCGAGCGAGGGGCGCGGAGUGAGGAGGGAGGCAGAGCCUCGGCCCUGCAGCCGCUGCCAUGUGGCCCCCGGACCCGGACCCCGACCCGGAGCCCGAGCCCGCGGGCGGCUCCCGGCCUGGCGCUGCGGUCCCCGGGCUCCGCGCCCUGCUGCCGGCGCGCGCCUUCCUCUGCUCGCUCAAAGGCCGCCUCCUGCUGGCGGAGUCGGGUCUUUCCUUUAUCACCUUCAUCUGCUAUGUGGUAUCCUCAGCGUCUGCCUUCCUCACAGUGCCUCUGCUGGAGUUUCUGCUGGCCCUCUACUUCCUCUUUGCUGAUGCCAUGCAGCUGAACGAUAAGUGGCAGGGCUUGUGCUGGCCCAUGAUGGACUUCCUGCGCUGUGUCACCGCUGCCCUGAUCUACUUCGUCAUUUCCAUCACAGCCGUCGCCAAAUACUCAGAUGGGGCUUACAAAGCAGCUGGGGUUUUUGGCUUCUUCGCCACCAUCGUGUUUGCGAUUGACUUCUACCUGAUCUUUAACAACGUGGCCAAAUUCCUCAAACAAGGAGACACCACAGAGGAGAACACAGCCCAAAGGGCAGAAGAGGAGAAUUCAGACUCUGACUCCGACUGAAGGCCUGCCCAUGCCAGCAACCUGAACCACACAGGACCUUCAGGCCAGCACCUGCCUGACAUGCUGAGGAGCAUGUCCAGGGGAAGCUAUGUGUCAGGAGGAAGACUGCCCAAUGGCCCUCCCCACUGCCUCAAGUUUACAUUCCUGAGCCCAGCACAUGAGACUGCACUCCUUAGCUUAGUGCUGUUGAACCACUCCGCAAGUGAGGGCAUCUUGAAUAUUCCACCUCUUCCCAUUCCUGUCUGCAUACCUUAAGCCCUUCAACCUCAAUACCAAAGACAAGCACAAAGAGAUGCAGCAGACAGAGCUGUGUUACUGCCUGCCACAGCAGUCAGCUCCGGCUGCAGGGCUGAGUCAGGGCGGGAGGGGGAUGGCCUGUUUCAACUAACAGGCGUGAACAGAGACAGAACCACCGCAGGCCAGCCCACCAGGGCCCCGUGCUUUGCAUGGAGUGCCCCUGCUCAUGCAGCACUUUGGUAAGGAAUCUUUUGUUCAAGGAGCACAAGUUCCUUCCUCAUUGUGAAACAGGAAGGAAACUGACCUUGGCCUUACUGUCCAGGAGUGGAUGACACCCACCCAGCACUUCACACUUGGAAACAUCUUCAGGUGAGAUAACUGUACCAAGUCUAACCCUGUUUCAGACAGGAGCUCACAGAUGCACAGGUCAGGGCAACACAAAGGAAACCCAUUGAUCCAUGGCAGUGACCAUGUCAUGGGCAGCUGGGCAGGCCCAGCCAAACCUUUCUGGUGACAAAUGUUCUCAUCAUCCUUCCUUCUGGAUACUGGGGCAGGUCUAUUGACCACCUCAUGAGAGAUGAGCCCUCUGUGUUUGCCUAAGGAUUUUUUAGUGUUAUAUAUCUUUGAUGGCAUUUUGUACCUUUUUAUAAUUUUUUAUACAAAAGCAGCUUUAACAAAUGGCAUUUUCUGUGAGGCAAGAGGCCUCAUGAAUGAGCCAAAGUUCUGACCCAUGUCUUGGGCACUUAUAACCUUAUUCUUCUCAUGCAUGUGAAUCUCGUAACCUGAAAAAAAGCGUUUAAUGGAUUAAACCAGACUGACUACCUGC